AUGUUUCUGGGUUUUUUGGUGGAUCUCUUCGGCUGCCGGCGGUUCGGCGGUGAUUGUAUGAUGGAAUUUCCCUCCACUCCCGCGAUUGAGGAGUCGCCGCCGCCCAAGACUGGAAAUAUCGUACUCCCGCCCACUCCGCCGUUGACCUUUGAAGUCAUCCGCAGUCCCAGGGCUCCCGAGCAGGAGUGCUAUGAUGACUACGGCUUCGACGAUCCCCGACUCCCGGAACUCAUCAUCUAAUCCAACCAAAGCCAAAGCCCACCGCUCACCCUUACUUCGCUUCAUUCAUUCGGCUUAAUUAAAACUCUUUUUGCCAUAAUCCAAUUACGGGCAAAGGCAAAAACCAAAUGACAACAAAUGGCAUAAUGUCCAGACAACAAAAACCCGACAAAACCAAGAAAAACACGACAAAACUCUAACAAAGCAGAGCAAAAAAACUGAACAAAACAAAAUGCAAACAAACAAUGCAAUAAAAUUCAAUUACAACAAAUUUUUAAUUAACUUUUUGCAAUCAAAACGAAAACCAAAUGAGGGGACAACAACCAUAUGAGUUGAAAGCCAAUAGCAAUGGACGUAAUAACAAAUCCGCAAGUCAGCUAGAAGGGGGUUGGGUAAACAGCAUUCGUCGGACAAAGGGAGUGAUUCGAUAGGUUAAAUUGGUAUAAGAUUACCUGGUUGCAUCAUGUUAAGUUUGCAAAA